AUGCAGGACGCCUGGACUGCUCGCAAGGCUGAGGAGAUCCAAGGCUGCGCGGACCGCAACGAGUGGAGGGACUUCUUCUUCGCGAUCAAUGCUGUCUACGGCCCGCCGACGAAGGGCACUGCGUCUCUCCUCAGCGCCGACGGCAGUACCCUCCUGACUGAGAAGACACAAAUUCCACAGAGAUGGACCGAGCAUUUCCGAGGCGUCCUCAACCGCCCCUCCGCCAUCUCCGACGCCGCCAUCGUCCGAUUGCCGCAAGUGGAGACCAACGUAGACCUCGACAUCCCGCCAUCUCUCCAGGAAACCAUCAGGGCCAUGCAGCAGCUCUCCAGCGGGAAAGCACCCGGAUCGGACGCAAUCCCUGCUGAGGUCUACAAGCACGGAGGUCCCCAACUGAUGAAUCCCCUGACUGCGCUCUUCCAGGUGAAGUCCCGCAAGAUUUCAAAGACACAACCAUCGUACAUCUCUACAAGCGAAAAGGGAACCGCCAAGUCUGCGACGAUCACUGUGGCAUCCCCUUGUUGAACAUCACCGGGAAGAUCUUCGCUCGCAUCCUCCUCAAUCGUCUGAAUAAUCAUCUGGAACAGGGCCUUCUGCCGGAAAGCCAAUGCGGCUUCCGUGGUCAUCGUGGGACCACGGAUAUGAUCUUUGCCGCCCGUCAACUCCAGGAGAAAUGCCGGGAGCUGCGGACCCACCUGUACUCUACCUUCGUGGACCUGACGAAAACCUUCGACACGGUGAAUUGUGAAGGAUUGUGGAAGAUCAUGCAGAAAUUCGGCUGUCCGCAGCGAUUCACUCGGAUGGUGCGUCAGCUGCACGACGGUAUGAUGGCGCGAGUCACGGACAACUGA